AGCGCAGCCGGUAACCGGAGGAGGGGGUAGCAGGUCGGACAGGAAUGGACCGCACAGGCUAGGCUCGCCUACUGCAAGGCCGGAACAGCUCGGUCUGUAGAUAGAUGAAAAUAUCACCGAGGAAAAGAAGCGAGAUCACGACUCUCCGCACAGGCCGGGCCCCCUCCUCUCUGCCUGCAGGAGCCUCUCCACUCACAAUCUCCUACUAACCAAACGGUAGUCAAAUAGAUUUGCAAACCCGUGUAGUGGCUUUAUUCAAUAGCCGAAUUCGGUAUCUUAUAUCCGGCUGACGGAUCCUGCCGGUUCGCCCUUCAGCAGCUUCGUCCCUGCUGUUCCUGUCAGCUGCUGCGCAUCAGCACAACAUGCAGGAUGAGCCUGUGGGGGUGACAACCACGCAAUCACCCCCGACAACCGACGAACAGGACAGCAGCAGCAGCACGUUCAGCAAAUCCGGAAAGCAACCGAGCCAAAGCGACAGCCAGGGCUGCCAGCUGAGCUCAUUCAGUCCGGAUUAUAACCAGAACCAGGACGCAGCCUACACUCAAUCCAACACAGAGCAUUUUAUCCUAACGCAGUCUCUGUGUGACCUUCAGCUCCAAACACAUCAGCAGUUCAGUCAGCAAACCGGGUUCAGCCCCUCACCGUCGCCCCCUACCCGGGGAGCCUUCAGUCACCUGCCCGGGCAGCGCGCUGCAGACCCCCGCGGCUCUCCCCCGGAGGAGGCUGAAGCUGAUGCUGAGUCCUCUUCGCCUUCUUCCGUGAAUCCAGACCGGCUCCAGAUGGACUCCCCCAUCGCCCACCAUAUCAACGGCAGCAGCACCGGCAACAUGUUGUCCGGAGGUCUCAGCGCCGCCUUCCCGAACCUUCCCCCCCAGGAUCUGCAGAGCAGCGUAGGAGGCUCGUCCUCACCCUCCCUCCCCGGGUUCGGAACCCCCUGGUCCGUCCAGACCAGCUCCUCGCCCCCUCCCGCACCCAUCAACUCCAUCCACGCCAACGCCAUCAACCAGAUGCCGAACACGGACUCUGACAACAGCUUCUACCCAGGUAUCCCCUCCUCCAUCAACCCGGCCUUCUUCCAGAGUUUUUCUCCGGUGUCAGCUAAUCCGUGCGCCGGGAUUAACGUGCAGGGCUUCAGCGGUCCCUUCUCGCCUCAGAUCAACGUCCCUCAGCAGCCGCAGAGCCGCAGGUCCCCGGUCAGUCCACAGAUGCACCCCCAGCAGCAGGGCGCCUUCCUGCAGCAGAGGAACAACUACAACCAACAUCAGCCAAUGGUGAAGCCCUCUCCUUGGGGCGGCCACCAGGGGAACGGCUGGGGCUCCGGGGGGAUGUCCUGGGGCCGGGACCACCGCAGAGGGAGUGGCAUGGGCGUACCUGGCUCGGUGAGUCACGUCUCCCCCAUGAAGAAGCCUUUCUCCAGUAACGUCAUCGCUCCUCCAAAGUUCCCACGCUCUGCAGGAUCACUGGGGCCUAAGUCCUGGAUCGAAGAGAACAUGUUUCGCAUGGACAGCAACAGCAACUCCUUGUUGCCCCUGCAGGAGCGCUCCAGAAUGUACGACAGCCUGAACAUGCACUCCUUGGAGAGCUCUCUGAUCGACAUCAUGCGAGCCGAACAGGAUCCGAUGAAAGGCCGUGUGGGAUGCCCUAACCCCGGGGCUGACGGCCUGCUCAUGCUCAAUGGCCGCUCCUCCCUCUUCCCCAUUGAUGACAAUCUCCUCGAUGACGGCCACGGCAACCAGGGCGUCCCAGGAGUCCUCGGCUCCCCGAACUGUUACCCUCACCAAAACGGGGAGCGCAUCGAGCGCUUCUCCCGUAAGGUGUUUGUGGGAGGUUUGCCCCCUGACAUAGAUGAAGAUGAAAUAACAUCAAGCUUCCGCCGCUUCGGUCACCUGGUGGUGGACUGGCCUCACAAAGCAGAGAGCAAAUCCUACUUCCCACCUAAAGGAUACGCGUUCCUUCUGUUCCAGGAGGAGACCUCUGUUCAGGCUCUGAUCGAAGCCUGCAUGGAGGAGGACGGGAAGCUCUACCUGUGUGUCUCCAGUCCCACAAUCAAAGAUAAACCUGUGCAAAUUCGCCCGUGGAACCUGAGCGACAGCGACUUUGUGAUGGACGGAUCUCAGCCUCUGGAUCCCCGCAAGACCAUCUUUGUGGGAGGAGUCCCCCGUCCCCUGAGAGCGAUUGAGCUGGCCAUGAUUAUGGAUCGUCUGUACGGUGGAGUUUGCUACGCAGGAAUUGACACAGAUCCAGAGCUCAAGUAUCCAAAGGGGGCAGGGCGAGUGGCCUUCUCCAAUCAGCAGAGUUACAUCGCCGCCAUCAGCGCCCGAUUCGUCCAGCUGCAGCACGGAGACAUCGACAAACGGGUGGAGGUGAAGCCGUACGUCCUGGACGAUCAGCUGUGUGACGAGUGUCAGGGCGCACGCUGCGGAGGGAAGUUUGCUCCUUUCUUCUGCGCUAACGUCACCUGUCUGCAGUACUACUGCGAGUUCUGCUGGGCCAACAUCCACUCCCGCGCCGGGCGAGAGUUUCACAAGCCGCUGGUCAAAGAGGGAGCCGACCGCCCGCGCCAGAUCCACUUCCGCUGGAACUGAAGAGGCGAGCACGCUCACGGUGAUGCAGCCAGGGGGAAGGGAAACGAAACACUGGCUGACAGGAAGAGCAUCGCUCUGCCUCUCCUGCUCUCCUAAGCUAUCAGUAUAACCGAGUACGUAACACUAAACAGUAUAUACUAUAUAUAUCUCUAUAUCUUUUGUAGCAGCCAAACACCACAAGCCUCAGUUUUUCACCAAAACCCCCCUCACAUCUCAGGCUCUGACAACUCUACAACUCUUUUGUGGUACUUUCAUCUUUUCUAAGAGGAGAUUUAAAAAAAAGAGAUUGAUUUUUGUAGGUUUUUUUAUUAUUAUUAUUUUUGUAUGUGAGAUUUAAAGUAGAUACGGGAAUGUUUUUGCAUGGGGGCAGCUCGUCUGUCUGUUUGUCUGCUGCUAGCCACCCUACAGUGCGUGUAGUGCACACUUGUUUCUGGGAAAAUCUUGAUCCUCUAAAGUCGACUGCGCCUGCCCCAGGUCAUUAACCAAAGGUAGCAAAAAAAAAGGUAGGAAGCGUAAAAAUUGACACAUUUUCUGCCGCUAAACAAACGGUUGUUUUCUAACGUUGCCAUGGGCUCUUUCUUCUUUUUAGAGGGUUUAUUAUAAGAACAGAUGAUAGGGUUAUUUCUGCGCUCAUACUGACCCAUUGAGUGAUACCUCAAAAUACUGAAUCUGGUUUCUGCUAUUCAACAUUUAUACGUAACAAGCUAUUUUAGAAGCUUUGCUGCUAUAUAUACAUAUAUAUGAAUAAAUGUGUAGGUCUUAUAUUUAAUGCCAUUUAUAAACCAGAAUCAUGUGAAAUGAAAUGCAGUAUGCACUCAACCACUAAUGGCCCCCAUUGCCGUGGAAAGUGCAUGUGAUGAUGAUAGGAUUAGCUCCACAAAUAGCAUGCAGGAUAGACGUGUGAGAGAAAAAAAUAAUAAAAAACAAACCACUGAAAUCAUGAAUUUAAGACAUAAAUUUAGUGAGUAGCAUGAUCAUCUAUUAAAAAUCGCCCAAGAGGGAAAAAAUCUGACAAAAAAGACGUAUUUAAACUUGCAUGCGUUGAUGUUUAUCCGUCGUUUGAUCCGUUGACAUACUUAAAGACUAAAAAAAGUGACAUUGGUUCUUCUGUAGACUUAGCAGACGCCAUCUUUUUUGUGACACGAUGGCGCUCAUAUGGCAAAAAAAAAACAAAAACAACCUGUGGAGAAGCAGAGUGGUGUUCAGUGGUUUGUGUCGGUGUCGUCCCCGUGCUGUGUGACUGUUUUUUAGCGUAGACUGAGGCUCUAGUUUAGUUUCCAACGCAUUAUGUAGAGGAAGAAUUUCCACAUCAUGAUAACUCUGCCUUCACCCUCCUUCGUCUCUGUGUAGCUCCAAAGAUUAAUCUGAUGUAGCGUCGCCCCGGGACAGAACUAACACAGAGAGAAGACUUCAGGGUGAUUGAAACAUGGACGCUGUUUUUAAAUGUUUGAGGUUUAAAUGACUAACAGGUAAAAAAAAAAAUUGAAGUCAAGGCACUGGCUGCUAUAGCCUGUAAUCCUUUGGGGUAGCCAAUAAAAGUAGGGCGAUUAAAACAGACUCAGAUUGUUUCUCAAAGUGUGUGACAACAUUACAGACCAGAUCUAUUCAGACAAAGACCAGGGAUAACAGGAGUUUUGAUGUUGACAUGUCUGUCCUCAUUCAGCUCUCCUUCUUCUCUUUGGCGUUGACUUUAAACAUAAAUCUCUCAGUUUGAACACUGUGUCUGUUAUCACUACCUCUUCUGGUUUCAGUGACUUUGUAGAGUUCAGCAGCUUAGAGAUACUCUCUCCAGCUCUGGAUCACAGGACAGGAAAUUGCUCCACUUCUCCCUCUCAGAGAUGGUUGAGGUCCAGUAGCUCCUCAGGCUGAGACCACUGUCAUUAUUUCCCCACUCUCAAGACCAAAACCUGAGACCACACUAACGUUUUUUACCACAGUGUCAACAGGCAGAGGGAGAACCUGUCUGCGAAUUGAUUUGAUAGGACAUGGUGAUCAGGUUGUCCCUAGCGUAGCUUUUAAUGUUGAGUAUGAAUCACCGGUGUUUUGGGGUCUGCUGCUAACUCAGCUUGUUUGUGUCAUUGUGUGUUUCACAAACAUUCAGUUAAACUGGAAGAAAGUCAUAAAAAUACACAACAGACUGAGGCAGCGGCAGCUCAGCAGACCUCAUGUUUGAAAGAAAGCAUCAUCCUUUCCUCUUUGGAACAGUUUUAUAAUGUUGUCAAACACUUAUAGUUACAAUCUGAGCCUGUCAGAGACAUAAAAUAACAUUAUUAAGCAGUGCUUUGAUUGAGGGAAUAGUCCCUGACAGCCUGUUGUCCUCCUGCAAGGCUGAAGCAACCUGAAACUUUUAGUACCUUUAACUCAUUCAGACCUCAAAAUACACAAAAAGCAGCCCAUGUUAGGACCCCCCUGUUCAUUGAAAUGCAUAUUCUGUGAGGAAGAGUUGAAAAGGUCCAGCUUUGCUGCUUUCAAACUCUGCAUCACAUACGGACGGAUCUCUACACGGGAUGAAGUUAAAAAUUAAAAACUCUCUUCUCUUUGUUUGUAUCGUUUGUCCGUCGGAUCUACACCCACUUCGAACUUCUCUUAAAAUCUAUUUAGGGACAAUCUUUUUUGUGAGGACGGUGACCCUGCCGUCCGUCUGGUACUGUAAAAGUGUGUCGCUCUCGUGUCGUCGUGGUUUUUUGUGCUCCACGCCCCGCUGUGUGCUCCUCUGUGUCUGUGUUCAGGCGUCAAAGUGUACUGUUACAAAAAACCUUAAUGAAACGUAUUUACUUAGAGUUGAAUUUGUCGGUGUCAACUACUUACCCAUCACUGGCCCUACAGUAUGUUUUUUAUAAUAUAUAUUAUGCACUACUUUUCUAUCCCCCCCCCCACCCGCCCCCUGUCUGUUUUACUUCUUCUCCACCCUCCUGAGUGAUUUCAGUGCAGAAUCCUCCACCUAUUUAUAAUCUACAGAUGAUUUAUUAAAUUUUAUUUUUUCAUAAUUACUUAUUUAAGAUGUAGCGUGAAGCAGUGGUCUUAAGUUAUCUAUAUAUUCUGUAUGAGUAGAGCAGGAAUCCAAUAUGUUCUAAUAUAUUCUGAUGUAGUCUGGAUGUUGUGAGGACCGGGAAGCCAGAGCGCGUGACACCAGACAGAGCUCCCGCAGUCCCCUCGUGGCUUUAUGUUCUCAUGACGCGAACAUCUUUGAAUAUCGUCACCUGUAACACUUGACUCGUGCUGUUUUAUUGUGAGGUUCUAUUUUCUAUGUUGAACACUGUUACUUUGUUCUGUACGUGUCUUUGUUUUUGUAAAAAUCAUAUUUAUUUCACUAUUUUUGUAGACGAAAAAACUAUUUGAUUUUGAUUGUAUUUUUCUAUUUAAAUGAGACUAUUACAGUUUAUUUCCCCUCCCCCUCCUUUCUCUUGUGCUAGUUAUGUCCAAAAGUUCUGUUCAAAGACAAAGAAUCACGUCAUUCACAUCCACGUUUUGGAUAACUUCUUCUUUUGAUACACACUGAUGACACAUUUCAUUUGAAGGAAGGAAACAUGAAGGUUUUAUUCUAUUCUUGGAAGACACUUGAGAUUCUCCCCUGUUGCAUCGAGGCCUCGGCUGCCUGUCCUCGUAGAUGCUCUGAAACUUGAAUAUAACACAUUUUGAAAGGCUGACUAACCUCGAAUCUGUGUUGUGAUGUGCAAUACUGUUUCUAAUGUUUGUAUAAAAGUAAGAACUACAGUGUAAACCUUUUUAAUGCAGAUUUAUUUUUUUCAUUGCAUAUUUUGCAGAUUUCUGAUCCACAGUGUCAUUUUUUACUGUCAGAAAAAUAAAACCCCGUUUUUUCAUUGCAACUAUUUUUAAAUCCAGAUAUCUUUGUACUGAUGUAAAUGAUUGUAGUUAUUUUGGAUAGUGUUUUGCUAACAAAAGGAGAGACUUUUUCAUGCAUAUUUCUAUUUCAUUUCAUCUUGUUUUAUCCCACCUUUUGUUUCAUUUAAUAGUAGCAGAUUUCUUGGAAUAAUUUUUCAUAUUUAAAUGUCAUUGGUAUUAUUUUGUAUUUUUAUGUGGAAAUACACUAUAUAUAAAUUGAAGAUGCUAAUUGCUAAGAUAUUAUUUUGAGUUUAAUUAUUUUUAAAGCUAAAUAUUUGUAAUUUUAUUGUUAAAGUGACUAAUUUCUAAAUCAGAGUUUGUGUAUAGAUUCACAAAGUGGUUUAUGAGGUGUUUGGAUUGUAAUUAUUACUGAAUGGUUCUUUGAUAUGCAAAAUGAAUAUCAUGUUUAUUUUUAUUUUGUUGGUUUUGUAUUUAAAUGGGGUGUUGAUUACAAUCUUUUUUUUUUCUUUCACUUCCUGAAUAAAGACCCAUUCUGUUUGGACACAA